CCUCUCUCUCUCUCUCUCGCUGUCAGCUCUCCCCUCCUCCAACAGGCAUGACCUUGUGAGUCUAAUGACCUGGUGAAGGUAGUCAAAUUUAGAUUUGAGGCAGUUAGCAAGUCUCCUCAGGUGUCCCUCACCAUCAUGGCGUCCCGCCCGAUCGUUCUGAGGUUCGAGAGCCGCAACGGCCAGUUCCGUUUGACGGUUAACCCUCAGGACCUAUUUCCCACCCUGCAUGAGAAGAUCAUAGAGCGCCUCCCUCCAGACGUCGAUCCUUCGUCCAUCAGCCUUUCCAACAAACCAAUCGGCACCGGUGGUGAAGAGAGAUUUCUGAAAUCGCUAGAUGGGGUGGCUAUUGAUAGGGUUGGCCUCAAGCACGGAGACAAGCUCUUCGUCGGAUAUAACGAAAAGCAAGGGCAACAGAAUGGCUCCAUCAACGGCCACAUCAAGCCCUCAGCGGGAGAGUCUUCGCGACGUCUGAAUGGAGCCCCCGUAGCUCCGGCCGAAACUGUCGCAUUCCGACCCCCCCAACCGACAUCACCUACUGCCACGAUUAAGAAUCCCUGGGACGUGGUACAACAGUCACCUCUGGAUGACGCUUUGGACAAGAAGGAUGGAAAGAUUCAGCGGGGCCGGGACUCAAAAUUCUGCCGCCACGGUCCGAAAGGCAUGUGUGACUACUGCAUGCCGCUCGAGCCAUACGACCCCAAGUACCUGGCGGAGAAAAAGAUAAAGCAUCUUUCGUUCCAUUCGUAUCUGCGGAAAAUCAAUGCGUCGACCAACAAAGCAGAGCUCAAGAGCUCGUUUAUGCCGCCGCUCAGUGAACCAUACUACCGGGUAAAGCGGGACUGUCCCUCUGGGCAUCCUUCGUGGCCGGAGGGUAUUUGCACCAAGUGCCAGCCAAGCGCGAUCAGUCUUCAGCCGCAGGAAUUUCGGACGGUGGAUCAUGUGGAGUUUUCCUCGCCGGGUCUCAUCAACUCGUUACUCGACUUUUGGCGGAAGUCGGGCGCCCAGAGAUUAGGAUUUCUGUACGGCACCUAUGAAGAGUACAAGGAGGUUCCGCUCGGAGUUAAGGCGGUGGUUCAGGCCAUCUAUGAGCCGCCACAGGUGGAUGAAGUGGAUGGAGUGACGCUCCAUGAGUGGCACAACGAGAAGGAAGUGGAUGAAGUUGCACGGCUAUGUGGGUUAGAGAAGGUCGGAGUGAUCUUCACCGACUUGCUGGAUGGAGGACGCGGCGAUGGAAAGGUGAUUUGCAAGCGGCACAUUGACUCCUACUACCUCUCGUCUUUGGAGAUCACAUUCGCAGCGCGUCUGCAGGCGCAACAACCCAAGGCCACGAAAUGGAGCCGCACGGGCCGUUUUGGCUCGAACUUCGUCACUUGCGUGUUAAGUGGCGACGAGGAGGGUUCCAUCGCGGUCAGUGCCUAUCAGGCGUCGGUGGCCGCCGUCGAGAUGGUGAGGGCAGACAUUGUCGAGCCGUCGGCAGAGCCUUCUGUAAUGUUGGUGCAAUCGGAAGACGAUGACACUGACAACAAGUCGCGCUAUAUCCCCGAGGUUUUCUACCGCAAGAUCAAUGAGUACGGCAUCAGCGCCCAAGAGAACGCCAAACCCAGCUUCCCCGUUGAGUACCUGCUGGUCACCCUGACGCACGGCUUCCCUACAGAGUCAUCCCCGCUUUUCACUAACAGUGAGUUCCCCAUCGAAAACCGCGAGGUCAUCGGCGAGAGUCAGGAGCUUCGGCACGUUGCAAAGGCGCUGGUGUCCUCCGGCGACCCGGACAAGGCGAUUCAAGCCGUCUCGGACUUCCAUCUUCUUUGCUUCCUCCAUUCACUCUCUACAUUCAACAAGGACGAGGAAGCACUGCUCUGUCGCGUCGCGAAGACGCACAACCCGGCCGACGGAAUACAGCUGAUCAACACCCCCGGAUGGGCCACCCUGGUUACCAUUCUUCAGGAAAGUGUCUAGAAUGACUGCUCGACGCCGAACCCUAUCCGCCUAGUUCAUUUCCGUCUUCUCAUCCUUCACCCUCCUCCCCUUUCGGUACUCCUCCAUUCCGUAUAUAAACGUGAC